AUGAAAUUGAAGAACGAGGAAUAUGCUGCUUUGGAUAAAUGGUUGAUUACAAUAGUUCCUGCUAUUUCCAGGGCUGAUCCCCAAUUACUAAAGUCCUUUGUCUUGGAAUAUGUCACUAGUGACCAUUGCAAUAUUGAUGAUAGUGCAACUUUUAUCAGAAAUUUGAAAGAAGUACUGGAAGGAAUCGUAGAUGCUAAUGGUCCCUUCGAGAGAGAUUUGUACGAUUUCUUAUAUAAUCUGAGACUUGAUGGGAAACCAGAAGAUGAUAGAAGUUCGUCGGUGCCGAAAAUUGAAGAACGUACCCCAGUGAGGGACGAUAGUGGAUCAUUAAACGCCAGUGGUGGUCAAGAACCUAUUACUACGCUUGUACAAGAUUCGAACUAUAACAAUAAAGACAACGAUAAGGAAAUCCACAACGACAUCCACAAUGACAUCCACAACGACCUGGAAACCGGCAUCAAGAAUAUAGAAGCUUCAAAAAAUUCAAUUAUCAUCAGUAAUAUUCCCAAAGACUGUUACUACAUAGGGAAAGUUUUUAGACAGUUCAAAUUUUAUGGUAUAAUUACUAAUUCAAAGCUAUUGAAAGAUGAUAAUAAUUCAGCAGUGGUUCAAUUUAAAAAAGAAUCCGCUGCUGCUGCAUUAUACAAUUCAACAGUUCCAUUUUUUAACAAUAGAUUUGUAAGAAUCGAUUACUAUAAUCCACAUACAUACACGACAGCACACGAGGCUAAGCAUAAUGAAAACAUAACUAUUAAUGAUACAAGACAUAACAUUCCUCAUAGCACUAAUUAUGGAACGCAUUAUAUAGACAAAAGUUUCCAAAUUGAAAACAGAGCUGUAACAGAGGAUACUUCAAAUAAUUUCCAUAUUGAAUCGCGAUAUGAAGAUUCUGUAAACGUUUCAAAUUCGAUGAUUCCUCACAAUUUCGCAGCCAAAUCAGAUUCACAAAGAAAAUAUGAUGAAGUUGUCAUUAGUAAUAUGAAAACAAUGCUUUCUAAAAAGAGGAAACAAUUGAUAGAGUUUAAAUCUUUACUCAAAAAGUUUAAAUUCAGAAUAAGCAAAUGUAUAACUGAAGGAGAUGAUUCUCAAAAGACAACAAGCAAUUUGAAUAGAAUUUUCAAUGAAAUGCUAAGCCAUAUGCAACUAAAACAAUUGGAUAUCCAUACUUUAAGGAAAAUUCAGGCUAGACUUAGAAUACUACUCAAAGAGAAAGAUACAUUCCAUGAAAACAUACCACGUUUCCCAGCAGGAAAUAAACCUUAUAAGCUAAACCGUAAAAAUAAUAAUCGCAUAAGAUAG